AUGUUGCUUCAUCGCAAUCAGCAUGAGAUUAUUAUGGGGACGAACAAAGGGGAAGUUAUAGUCUGGGACCUGCGUAACAAUGCAGCCAACUCAAUAUAUACCGAUUCACAAAAUCAACCAAUUCAUAGUUUGUCUCUUGAUCAAGAAGUAACUUCUUUAGCUGCAGUCAACUCCGACGGUCAGCUUAUUGUUUGGUCUCUCAGUGCUGAUACUGCCUGGAAACCUAUGGAAAAGAAUCGACAGAAAGUGCAUCCGACAUAUGCUAUCAAAGUGCAGUUUUCUCCAGAUAGCACACUGAUAGCUACUGGAGGUGGUGAUGGGAAGUUUAAUAUUUUAAAGACAGCCGACUUCAGUUUAGUUACAAGCCGAAAAGGUAGUGUAUCUGGUCAUCACUGGGUAUGGGACUGUGCGUUUUCUGCAGAUUCUCGUUUCUUGCUUACUGCAACAUCAGAUGGAGUUGCUCGCUUAUGGAAUUUGGAGACAAAUGAAGUUCCGGUCGAAUACAAAGGACAUCAAAGAGCAGUCACUUGUAUGGCCUUUCGUGAUCAUUCACUUAAAUCUAAGGAAAUCAAUUCUGUUGAGAAUCGACAGAAAGUGCAUCCGACAUAUGCUAUCAAAGUGCAGUUUUCUCCAGAUAGCACACUGAUAGCUACUGGAGGUGGUGAUGGGAAGUUUAAUAUUUUAAAGACAGCCGACUUCAGUUUAGUUACAAGCCGAAAAGGUAGUGUAUCUGGUCAUCACUGGGUAUGGGACUGUGCGUUUUCUGCAGAUUCUCGUUUCUUGCUUACUGCAACAUCAGAUGGAGUUGCUCGCUUAUGGAAUUUGGAGACAAAUGAAGUUCCGGUCGAAUACAAAGGACAUCAAAGAGCAGUCACUUACAAAUCGGUAGUAUCACGGGAAGAUGACUUCCUUACUUAUCUGGAAGUUGCAAAGCAUACAGAACUCGAGUGUUUUGUCUGUCAGGUUCAUUUUUCCCCUAAUGGAACUUUACCACUUGACACAAUGUCAUGGGCUACCUAUCUCAAGAACCUAGUGUAUCAAAAGGAAAUCAAUUCUGUUGAGAAUCGACAGAAAGUGCAUCCGACAUAUGCUAUCAAAGUGCAGUUUUCUCCAGAUAGCACACUGAUAGCUACUGGAGGUGGUGAUGGGAAGUUUAAUAUUUUAAAGACAGCCGACUUCAGUUUAGUUACAAGCCGAAAAGGUAGUGUAUCUGGUCAUCACUGGGUAUGGGACUGUGCGUUUUCUGCAGAUUCUCGUUUCUUGCUUACUGCAACAUCAGAUGGAGUUGCUCGCUUAUGGAAUUUGGAGACAAAUGAAGUUCCGGUCGAAUACAAAGGACAUCAAAGAGCAGUCACUUGUAUGGCCUUUCGUGAUCAUUCACUUAAAUCUGUGUGA